UCGUUGAGGUUGAGGUUAGGUUAAGACGAUUUUGUUCUUACUUUGUCUUGGUUGGUUCUCGCGCCAAAACAAAUCAAUAUUGGAAUGUUGUUUCUUGUCUUGUUUCUAUGAUUUGGUAAAAACUAAAAAGGAAGCCAAGUAGGCAGAUAAUUUUGAUACUUGUUUUUUUAUUAUCUUGUUAGUGUUUCCUUAUUCUUGAUCAAUAUUUCAAGAAACUACAAUUAAGCAGGGAUGACUAGAAAGAAUAAAGAAGCAGCCAAAGAGAAGGAUGACAAGAAGAAGAGCAAAGCAGCCGUCGCGCCUGUGGAGCCGGCUGAUAACUCCUCGUCGUCCGAGGGAGAAGACGAUGUAGACGAGUAUUUCGAGGAUGAGGGAGGAAUUCGAGUUGGAGACAUCUAUAUUCCCCCCGCUCCCCCCGCGGCCUGCACGGUAGAGUCGACCGGACCGCGACUGGUCAUCACAAAAAUUGUCGCUGAGAACUUCAAGAGCUACUUUGGCAAACAGUCGCUGGGACCCUUUCAUCAGAGUUUCACCAGCAUCAUUGGACCGAACGGUAGUGGAAAGAGUAAUGUGAUUGAUUCGAUGCUUUUUGUGUUCGGGUACCGAGCAAGUAAAAUCAGAACAAAGAGAAUCGGCGUGUUGGUCCACAGCUCGAAAGGCCAUAGUGCUAACAGCUGCUAUGUGUCAGUGCACUUCGCCAUGGUUGUUGAUAAGCCGGAUGGCGACUGUGAAACUGUCCCAAACUCUGAAUUUGUUAUAACAAGAACCGCUUAUGUUGACAAUUCGUCCUUCUACUCAUUGAAUGGCAAACGAGUUCAAUUCAAAGAGGUGGCACUUCGCUUGAGGGAGAAUGGCAUUGAUUUGGUUCACAAUCGGUUCCUCAUAUUACAGGGUGAAGUUGAACAAAUAUCGAUGAUGAAACCAAAGUCGCCCAAUGAACAUGAGACUGGAAUGCUUGAGUAUUUGGAGGAUAUUGUCGGAACAUCUAGAUAUAAGGAGCCAAUCGAAAAGCUGGCGGUGAAAGUAGAGGAGUUGAACCAGGAGCGACUGGAGAAGGUGACCCGAGUGAAGCUGGCCGAGAAGGAGCGAGAUGCCAUGGAGGGCCCUAUGAAGGAGGCCGUCGACUUUCUCAAGGCCGAAAACGAACUAAUGCACAGCAAAAAUAAACUAUUCCAGAAGGAAAUAAAUGUAGCCAAAAAACAGAUGACCAUGAAAGAAGAGGAAAAGAAAGUGAUAGAUGAUGGUAUGGCGAAGAUGAAAGAGGAGCUAAAGAAAUACCAGGAGGAACGUGCCGAUGCCGAGAAGGAGGUCGAUCAACUCAAAUCACAAUUGAAUAAGAUGAUGAAUCAGAAGGAAAAGUUGGAUGAUGAAUUCAAGAUGAAAACAAACAAAGACACAACAUUAGCAGAGGAAAUUAUGCAGACAAAUGCGAAAAGAAAGAAAAUGCAGGAACAAAAGAAACAGGAGGAACAUAAGCUCAACGAAUACAAGAAUCUGCCCGAGAAAAAUGAAAAAGAAAUUGCGGAAUUGGAGAAGCUGAAAGUAAAAUUGGAGGCGGAAAAGACCAAAGUAGAUGCUGAAGUAAGCAAAGUUCUGGUCAGUCUGCGGGAGGAGACAGUAGGACUGCAGGAUGAAAAAGACAAACAUGAGUCUGAACUGUCUGGACUGAAGAAGUUCGUAACUGAUGCCAAAACAAAAUAUGACUUGGCUCAAUCAGAGCUGGAUUUGUAUUUGAAGAAAGAACAAACGGAAAAGUCACGUUUGGAACAGAUGAAGAAGUCACUUGAAAACUCAACCAGUAUAAGAAAUAAGCGGAGAGAAGAAGUGGCGGAGCUGGAAGGGAAGCUGCCAGCGAGCCGUGCGGAGUUGGAGGCGGGGGAGCGGGAGCUGGGCGAGCUGCGAGGGAGGGAGAAGGUGCUGAGUCAGCAGAUCCAGCGCGAACGAGUGUUGUUCGAGGAGACGCGCUGCGCGGCGCAGGCCAGUCGCUCCAACAACCGAGUGCUCGACUAUCUCAUGCAGCGCAAACAAGCGGGCCAACUGCCCGGCCUCUUUGGCCGAUUGGGUGAUUUGGGUGGCAUCGACAGCAAGUACGACUGCGCGGUGUCGACGGCGUGUGGCGCCCUGGACAAUGUGGUCUGCGACACAGCCGACACCGCCAAAGUUUGCAUCGCUGCACUCAAGGCCGACAACGUGGGACGAGCCACCUUCAUUGCGCUCGACAAGCAACAACAUCUGCGCAACACCUAUGCCAAGCCGUUCAAUGCCCCGGAGCAGGUUCCGCGCCUGUUUGACGUGAUCAAAGUGGUGGACGACCGGGUUCGGCCAGCCUUUUACUACGCACUGCGCAACACUCUGGUCGCCGACAACCUGGACCAGGCGUCACGCAUCGCCUAUGGCGCCAUCCGCCACAGGGUCGUCACCCUCGAGGGCGAGAUCAUCGAACCGUCCGGUACAAUGGCGGGUGGCGGCAACCGUAAGCUGCGUGGCAAGAUGGGGCGGUCGGUGGCAACGGUGACCGGGGGUCGGGGCGGGGGCGGUGAAAUGUCAGCCGCCGAAAUGCAGCAGAAGGAGGAGCAGUUGCAGCGGCAGGAGGAGGAGUUGCGAGAGAUGCGCAUGCGCAUUGCAACACUGGAGCGCACCGUUCUGCAGCUCCGAACCAACAUCGACCAGUGGCAGAAGCAUGUCAAAAAGUUCGCCACCGAACUCCAGAGUUUGGAAGCCCAGGUACCAGAUUUGGAAAAACAACUGGAAGCCCAAGAGAUGAAGGUGAAAGCAGUUGAACCAGAUAAGGUUAAAGUCAAGUCCAUGAACAAAACAAUAGAUCAGUGCAAAAAAGAACUGAAUGAUGCUGAAGCUAAGGCCAGUGUAGUGGAAGCGAAAGUUGUGAAUUUGCACCAGAAAAUCAUGGAUGCCUCUGGAGGGCGAAUGAAAGCUGCUCAAAAGAAAUUGGAUGAUGUUACUAAAAAGUUGGAUAAAAUGUGCACUGAGAUCUCCAAACUUACUGUUGGCAUCAAAACAGCCGCAAGAAAUUCCAAAAAGGCAACUGAAAAAAUUGAAAAUCUUAAAGCUGAGAUCGGAGAAGCUGAAAAGAAGUUGAUAGCCUACGACGCUGAGAAGACGGUCUUAUUUGAAGAGGGCCAGAAAAUCAUGAAGAUGAUAGAAUCCAUUUCUGAAGGAAUUGCAGAGAAAGAGGUGCUAAAAAAAGAUUUAGCAAAGAGAAUGGGAAACAUUUCAAAAGAAGAGAACCAACUAAAGGCCAAUAAAUUGGUUGAAGAUCAGAAAUUGGAUUCGAUUAAUGCCGAAAUAAAAAAACACCGCGAUCUAAUACCCGGAUAUGAAAGAAGGUUGUCAAAAUUGAAACUGCACAAAAUUCCAAACGAAACCGAGCCAGAAGUGCUUGAAGUUUUCACUGACGAGCAGCUGGAAGAAGUCAAUGCCGAACGGCUCAGCUACAAGGUACAAAGCAUCGAGGAUAACCUAACUAAGAAGAAGCCUAACCUGUCAGUCAUCGAUGAAUAUUAUAAGAAGGUGGAAGUGCACGAGGCCCGCUCGCGGGAGCUGGACGAGGUGACAGCGAGGCGCAACGAGUGUCGUCAGUGGCACGAUAACGCACGCAAGGCGAGGCUGCGCGAGUUCAUGGCCGGCUUCGUCAUCAUCAGCAACAAACUCAAGGAGAUGUACCAGAUGAUCACGCUGGGCGGCGAUGCCGAAUUGGAGCUGCUCGACUCGCUCGAUCCGUUUACUGAGGGCAUUGUUUUCAGUGUUCGGCCGCCGAAGAAAUCUUGGAAACAUAUAUCAAAUCUAUCAGGUGGUGAGAAGACACUCUCGUCUCUGGCUCUUGUAUUCGCGCUGCACUAUUACAAGCCAACUCCGCUCUACGUUAUGGACGAAAUUGAUGCUGCUUUGGACUUUAAAAAUGUUUCCAUUGUUGGGCAUUAUGUCAAGGAGCGAACAAAAAAUGCGCAAUUCAUAAUAAUCUCGCUGCGAGCGAACAUGUUUGAGCUGGCUGAUCGACUGGUCGGAAUCUACAAGACAGACAACUGCACUUCGUCGGUGACCAUCAACCCGGGCAUAUACUGUCAGCCACCCUACGCGACCGACAAACCAGAUGACGACGACAGACCCGACAGGAGAAAGCCUCUCGAUUUCGAUAAGAAAAAGGUGGCUAUUGAUAUGAAAAAGUCCAGCGAUCCCGACAAACAAAAGCCUGAUCAACAAAAACCUGAUCAACAAAAGCCGGGCCAACAAAAGCCUCCUUGCUCUGGUGAUCCACAGCCUUCUUGUUCUAGUGAGCCAAAGCCCGGCUGCUCUGGUCGACAAGCUGGCAAGCAAAAAACUGCAUCUUCUAUUGAACAGAUGCAAAGCUCAGAUGAAGAUGAGGAUUGUGUUACCGGCAAAAGCGCAAAUGUAGAGGCAUCGCCGGUUGCUGAGCCAAGUCAAAGUCCUCAACCCACAACCAGCCUCGAGUCAAGCUUGAGCUCCGACAUCAGCUCUGACAUCAGUCCCACUGCUAGCUCUACUAGCAAAACCACCAGAAGAAAAUCAUCUAGAAAGGCUUCGGAAGAAACCAAUGAAGUGGAUGAGGAAUUUGGAGAACUUCCAAAGAAAAUGAAAAAGCGAAGUAGAAACUAAGUCUAACCAUUUUUUAUGUUGAAUCUGAACUUGUAAUUGUAUUAUUGUAAAUUUGAUUUUGUGCAGCAGUCAUGCGGCCUUUUGAUAAAAAAAUCGCUUUAAAUUAUAACCAGUUCUUCAGAAGAAACUAGUUGGAUGGAUUUGAGAACUUUGUGAACUUCCCAAGAAAAUAAAAAAACUUGAUAGAAACUAGUUAAUUUUUUCAAUUCAUUUUUCAUGUUGAAACAAAACUUGUAAUAUAAAUUGUGAUUUCCUAUUCGUACAGCAGUCAUGUGACUUAUCAAUAAAAGCUUUUUU